AUGCAAAAUUCUUCAAACCAUUCGUUGUUGCAACAACAAGAACAACAUUCGGAAGAAGAAACCGCAACACAUGGAUCUAUCGAUUCGAAUACAAUGAUCGAAACAAAUUUCAUCCAAAACACGAGUAUUCCUAUUCAUACUCGAACAACUCUCUCUGAAGAAGAAGAAAAUUUUCAAACCAUGUAUUCGGAGGCUGAACAACAAUUUGCUCCUCCGAAUGCUGUAGUCAUGGAAUCAUUCAUAGAGGAACAAGAAAACAAACAAGAUGAUGCACCACUUCAGAAUGUGAGUCGAGAACAUCAAGAUGAUAUUGUUUCAACAACGUCGAGCCACAACAACAGCAGCUCGACGAGGAUAAAACGUAUUUGGAAAAGGGCUGGACAAGUGCCAAUCUUGAAACAUUUCAUUGGAUUUUUGAGUACAUAUGGAGCAAUUUUCCUGUUUAAUCAUGCAUUUCGAUCUCUCUUUUUUAUGAAUUUAAUUUCUGGUUUGGGAAAUUUCUUUUCAGAAAUUGCCAUUGUUAACCUUUUAGAAACUCGAGCUGUCAAUUCCACUCUCCCUUCCUCCAACUCUUCUCUCUCCUUUUUUCCAAUAACUUCCUCUCCAUUCUAUUCUUCGAGGCAUGAUUCAUUUUCACCAAAUAAUUUAUUAUCAAAAUUUGACAUGCUGUACAAAAUUUCUCAGAAGGAUGUUGACAUUCCAGAUGCAGACUUCACUCAUGAAGGAGCCUCAGGAACUGCCAUUUCUGGAGUUUUUAUUGCACUACUACUUCCAGGAAUUUUUCUAAUGCCCGUCACUGGAAUUGUUGCAGACUUAUUUGACCGAAGAAAAAUUCUAUUGGCAAGUGACAUUGCCAGAGGUUUCAUUGUAUUGCUUUUUCCUGUUGCUUACUUUAUUCAGGGCCUCGAAUGGCUGGUAUACCUCACCAUCUUUUUACAGUACUGUUUUGGUGCAUUCUUUGAACCUUCAAGAGAAGCUCUCGUUCCAUUGGCCGUCAAACAGAAAGAUUUACCAAUUGCCAAUGCAUUGGAUUCACUCUGUUGGUUGGCAGUGAGUUUUUUUGGUUCUUCUCUUGGUGGAUUAGUGGUCAGUGUGUUGGGAAUUCCUGCAAAUUUUGCAUUUGACAGUGCAUCCUUCUUUAUCUCUGGAUUUUUCUGUCUGUUGUUAUUUAAAUACAAACAUCUUGGACGAAGAGGAAUUGAUGAUAGAAAUGUUGAAACACAUUUGGAAAGUAAGAAAGAUUCUGUCGAACUCGAUGAAAACGCUGUGAAUAAUAAUGGAAAUCCAUUGAUGCCAUCAUCACCACCACGAAUGGAGAGUUCAUUAUCUAAUUCUCCUUCAACCACUGAAGAAACAAUACUUUCUCAACAUGCUGUGAUUCACUCCUCUACUGAAAUGUUACAUUCUCGUGACGACAUGAAUGAAAUCACAGACGCUUCACCAAAUAUUGAAUUGAAAGAAGAGAGAAAUAUCAUGCUCAAUCGCAAGAUGCAACAAGAUUCCAACAUGGAUGAUUCUCCAAUCGUGUCGGAUUCACUCGUAACAACUUCUCAUGUCAAGUCAACCAAUUCUCUCAUUCUACUCUUCAUUGAGAUGAAAAAGUAUUUUAUUGAGCUAUUUAGAGGAAUUGUCUUCUUUUCAAAGAAUCCAUUAAUUUUCACUUCGACCAUGGUGAAAGCAUUUGCUGGAUUUUUCUGGUUUGGAUGUGAAAUUAUUUUAAUUCAUCUCGUCUAUCAAGUAUUGGCUGUGAAUGAUCGAAGAAUGGGAGGUAUUUACUUUGGUGUGGCCAAAAUGUGGGCAGGAAUAGGUAGCGGGUUAUUUCCUGUCAUUGUUGAAAGGCUUCUUCCAAAGACUUACACCACACUUACACUGAGAGCCAUUCUCAUGUGUGCUGUAUUUUUAUUCCCAGUGUGUUUUGCAUUGUAUUAUGUCUCUGUUAAAUUUGCGGUAGAAGAGGAGACACGAAUUCUCGGAUUUGCUGGAAUUUGUUUGUCACAUUUAAUAUUAGGAAUUUCUACAGGUAAUUUAUGGAGCUAUUCAAUCACUCAUUUACAAAUGGUUUGUCCAAAUGACUUUCUAGGAAGAGCUAUGGCCUUAGAUAUUGGAUUCUUUUUAAAUAUUUCAAAUUUAAUAGCUGUCUUUACGUAUGGAGUUAUUUUGACUGACAUUUUCAAAUUUAGUGCCAAUCACAUGAUUUUAUUUGAAUUGGUGACGAGUAUUGGAGCUUGUUGUUUGUUUGCCGCAUGGUUUUUCAUUUUCAGAAAGAAUGUCAAAUCAAGACAAGAUUAUUUGAAGGAAAUGGAUUCUGAAUCUUCAGAAGUUCAAGAAGAGAAUUUUCCAUCUUCUUCUCAAGAGAAUAUGACAGCUUGA